AUGUCCAUCACAUGCACCCUGCACAUGGACGCAGAAACCUUGUCAAAGACAAUAACAACCUCUGCGGCCAUCGCCGUGUCCGAGCUCGCACCAUGCUCCCCCACGGACUGCUCCUCCCCUAAGAUGAUGAAAAGGGUUGAUCCACCACCACACCUGGAAUCACCGCCGACCUCAGCAAACCACUCGCGCCCAGGGUCCCGGAGCGCCGUCCGCUCUCGCCCAACAAGUCGGCGCAACUCGCUGCAUUCUGCACGGCGGUCGGUCCCGAAUGCCACCAUCGUCCCCGUGGCAAGUACUUCGCGCACCACGCCGCAGGAACGCCGCGAGUCGUUGCUUGCGCUGCAUCGCGAGUCGGUCAGGCUGUUCCAGGACCAGGAGGCAAGCCCUUGGUCGUUGGAGGAUGUAGCCAGACGGCCCUCGUCGUCGAGGAGGGUCUCGUCGAGUUACAGGCACAGGCCUGAGCCGCGGACUUCGUCCGAUGCGGGCUCGGGCUCGGCGCCGCCCUCACCUAUUGCUUCGUCUCACUCCAGCCGUGCAGCAGACCAGCAGUACCACUUUCAUCGCCGCUCUGGGAGCUCUGCCGCGCCUUCUCGUCCCUCGCGAGAGAGGUCAUAUUCAUAUACCCUCCCCAGCUCGGGACCAGACCAUGCACACGGGCAGGAACACAUCCACAGCCCAUCCGCCUCAUCAGUCCACGUCCCCGCCACAGUAAUGGAAUGGACAUCGCCCACGACCCGCCGGCGCGAGUACGAGAAGAUCGACCGUGCCAGCCGUGGCGUGCGCGGGCUGUGGCGCCGUGUUGCGCCGCGCUGGUUCCGGCCUGAUGACUCGCGGACUCCCUUCUUCGAGGAGGGGCGGUCGAGUCGGGGUCGCGAGGGCAGCGUGCGCAGGUUUCGGAUGGAUUUGCCUGAUGAUCAGGAUUAUGAUUGGGCUGGCUCGACGAUGAGGCAUGCGGAUGAAGACGAGGAUUGUGGGCUUGAGGAGGAUGGCUGCCAUAAUCAUAAACCGCAUGUCCAGAUGGUGGGUUAUCCAGCUCGGAAUCUUUCGUCUCAUGCCAAUGAGGGCCGCCGACGGUGGACUCCUCUACGCACGAAGACUGCGCCUUGA